CCCAUGAUCGAGCCCAUCGUCGGCACCGGCGACGCCUCGAGCGUCAAGGAGGCCGAGAAGCUCGCCGCCAUCCACGCCUGCCUUCAGCUCAGCGCUCGCGGCCUCUUCACCAACUCGAACCUCCCGACCCGCACCCGCGGCCAGUUCACGCCGCUCCACGCCGCGUCCCAGACGGCGACCCCGACCUACUCGGCCGGCCCGUCGGCCUUCUUUGACGGCCCCGCCGCCGCCCCGAGCUCGUACCCGCAGCAGGCCCAGGCCAUGCAGCCCAUCGCCGACAAGAACGACGGCCGCACCGUCGCCCUGUCCAACGGCCAGCGCAUCGGCCUCGAGGAGGCUCGCGCCUUCAUGGACUACUACUGCUCGCGGUACAACUUUGGGCGCCCCGACCUCCAGACGGCGUCGGUCGCCGGCUUUGGCCGCAACCGCGGCGCCGGCUCGUGGCGCGUCACGCUCCGGGUCGGCGGCGCCCAGAUCGGCGUCGGCGAGGCGCGCGCCAAGAAGGACGCGCAGAACCGCGCCUACCUCGACACGGCGGCCUACCUCGAGUCGUGCGACGCGUCGCUGUGGGCCGACUGGUCGGCCCGCAAGGAGAUGCGCAAGAUGGAAAAGACGGGGCAGGCGCCCCACGUCGUGUUCGAGGUGACGCCCGACGUCGAGGAAGAGCUGCGCGAGGCCGUGUGGGAGAGCCGCGAGGGCGAGCUGUACCACCGCGCGCGCGACAUGGUCGAGCGCGAGCACCAAAAAGCCCGCCGCGCCGAGCUGCGCGCGACGUACCUCGAGCAAAAGUCGCAGGCGCUCGCGGCGCGCCUCCAGGCGUACAAGGCCGACACGGCGCCGGGCAUCGUCAAGCUGCGCGAGCAGCGCGCGAGCCUCCCCGUGUCGAGCAACGCGACGAGCGUCCUCGCCAAGAUCGCCACGUCGCCCGUCGUCGUCGUCCUCGCCGCGACCGGCUCGGGCAAGACGACCCAGCUCCCGCAGCUCAUCCUCGACGACGCCACCAUGGCCGGCGAGGGCGCCAAGUGCAACAUCGUGUGCACCCAGCCUCGCCGCAUCGCCGCCAUCUCGGUCGCCGAGCGCGUCGCCAAGGAGCGCGGCGAGCAGAUCGGCGACUCGGUCGGGUACCAGGUCCGGUUCGAGGCCAAGCCGCCGCGCAAGGACGGCUCGAUCCUGUUCUGCACCACCGGCCUGUUCCUCCGCCGCAUGCAGGCCGACCUCGACCGCUCGUCGGGCGGCAACACCGACACGGCCACCUCGGCGGCCGGCGCCAACGGCGCCGCGGGCGCGCAAAAGCCCGAGGGCGAGGCGUUCCUCGACGGCGUGACGCACGUCUGCGUCGACGAGGUCCACGAGCGCGACGUCGACACGGACCUGCUCCUGUUCGUCCUGCGCCGCCUCCUCCACGAGCGCCGCAAGCAGGGCAAGGCCGAGAUCAAGGUCGUCCUCAUGUCCGCCACGAUCGACCCUCGCCUGUUCACCGGCUACUUUGCCGACCCGCAGUCGGGCCGCAUCGCGCCCGUCGUCGAGGUGCCCGGUCGGUCGUUCCCGGUCGAGAAGCGGUGGCUCGACGAGACGAUCCAGGAGCUGCAGGCGCUCCGGCUCCCGUCCAACCGCGGCGGGUGGGUCUUCCAGGACAAGUCGGUCGUGCCGUACCUCCAGCGCGAGCUCGUUCCCGCCAUCCCGAUGGACCCUCGCACCGGGCGCCCCGUCGGCGAGAUCGACGACCUCGAGAUGCCGUACCCGCUCCUGGCCCUCAUCAUCGCCCACGUCAUGUCGCGCUCGGACGAGGGCCACGUCCUCGUCUUCCUCCCCGGGUGGGACGAGAUCCAGGCCGUGCGCAACAUCCUCCUCGACCGCAACCGGUACCCGCUCCUCGACUGCAACUUUGCCGGCCGCGACACCGAGAUCCACGUCCUGCACUCGACCAUCCCGAUCGCCGAGCAGCAGGCCGUGUUCGAGCCGCCCGCCGAGGGCAUCCGCCGCAUCGUCCUGUCGACCAACAUUGCCGAGACGUCGGUCACGAUCCCGGACGUCGUCUACGUCGUCGACUCGGCCAAGUGCAAGGAGAAGCGGUACGACCCGGAGCGCCGCCUGUCGCAGCUCGUCAGCGCGUGGACGGGCACGAGCAACGUCCUGCAGCGCGCCGGUCGCGCCGGCCGUCACCGCCCGGGCGAGUACUACGGCAUCGUGUCCAAGGCGCGGUUCGCCGCCAUGGACAUCCACCAGACGGUCGAGAUGCUCCGCACGGACCUCGCGUCGACGGCCAUGCACGUCACGGGCCUGCAGCUGCCGGGCCUCACCGUCUUCGACGUCCUGUCGUCGACGAUCCAGCCGCCCGAGCCGCAGCGCGUCACGGCCGCCCUCGAGACGCUCCUCCACGUCGGCGCCAUCGACCGCGACGAGAAGUUGACGAGCCUCGGCCGCGUCCUCCUCCAGCUCCCCGUCGAGGCCGCCAUCGGCAAGCUGUGCCUCCUCGGCAGCUUCUUCCGGUGCCUCGACCAGACCCUCACCCUCGCCGCCAUCCUCACCAACCGCGACCCGUUCCUGAGCCCGCCGCUCAUGAAGCAGGAGGCCGACCGCAUCAAGAACUCGUGGGCGCCCCAGGACUUCCGCGGCGACCCGUUCGCCAUCCUGACGGCCUACAACGCGUGGUGGGAGCUUCAGGGCGCGGGCAACUACGUCGCCGCCAACAACUUUGCGCGCGAGAACUUCCUGUCCAAGCCGACGCUCCUCCUCAUCAACAAGAUCAAGGACCACCUCCUGUCGUCGCUCGACCGCGCCGGCGUCCUCCAGAUCAGCGCCGGCGGUGCCGCACAGCCUGCGCCGUUCAGCCGAGGCCGGUUCGGCCGGGGCCCGAUCGUCAUCCCGGCGCAGCUCAACGAGAACGGCAACUCGCUCCCGCUCCUGAGCGCCCUCAUCGCGACGGCCGUCGCGCCCAACUUUGCGAUCCGCAUCAGCGAGAAGGCGCUCCGCACGAGCCAGGACAAGUCGUGCGCGAUCCACCCGUCGUCGGUCAACUCGCGCAAGAACGAAAAGGCGGCCGACGUCGCCAUCACGUCGUCCAAGCAGCUGUACGCGUACGGCGAGAAGAGCAAGACGGGCGCCAUGGGCGGCAAGGGCGAGGGCCAGACGUUCCUGCGCUCGACGACCAAGCUCGACCCGCUCGGGUACAUGCUCUUUGGCGCGUACGGCCUGCGCGUCACCGAGGACGGCCUCGAGUGCGACGGGUGGCUGCCCAUCGUCGCGCCGCGCUCGAGCGGCGUCCAGGCCCUCGACGACGUCGAGCGCCUCAAGGAGGUCCUCGACCUGUCGCUCCUGCGCGUGUUCGAGGGUCUCGGCGUCGCCAUCAACCGCGGGCGCGGUCGCCAGUUCGACAACGACGACGAGGACGAGGCCGAGGCCGACGAGGAGGCCGUCGACCCGGUGCGCGACCCGACCCUGUCGGCGCAGGAGGUCAAGGACCUCGACCGCCUCACGUCCAACGUCGUCCACCUCCUCAUGUCGUACAACCGGUCGCUCGGCCCGGCGAGUUCGCGCACGAGCUCGCGUCCGCAGACGCCCCAGGCCAUGCUGCCCAUGCACGGCGGCGGCGCGUCGCCCGCGUUCGCGCACGGCGGGCCCGGCUCAGCGGUCGCCGCAGCGAGGGGCGGCACGCCGUACUCGUCGCGGCCGCCGAGCGCACUCGGCGGUGGCUUCGGCGGCGCGCAGGGUGGGUACGGCGGCGGAGCGCAGCAGGGAGCCGGCGGCGGGUUCGGCAUGGGCGGCGGAGCGAGUGCGGGCGGCAGCUGGAGGCGGUAGCGGCCUCUCUCUUUCUCUCUCUCUCUCGUCUCCCUCUCCCUCUAGACACACCGUCCCGCAGUGCAACACGCAUUUUCAGCUUGUC